AUGAGGUGGAAGGACCCAAUACUAUGGCUAUCACUCGCGAGUGUCUCCUCAUUGGCGAACGCCGCGAAAGAGCCAGACUUGACCAAGAUCCAUGAAGCUGGAAGAUGCGCCAUACGAGGACAGUGUGGCAAGCAGAGCUUGUUUGGCUCAGAACUCCCCUGUCCAGACAAUGGACCUGCAGAGGAGCCAGAGCCAGAGUUACGGAAAGAUCUGAUAGCGCUCUGCGGUGGAGAGUGGGCGGAGAGUAAGGUCUGUUGUGACGCGGACCAACUCAAGGCUUUGAAGUCGAACCUGGGCACGGCGAAUGGCCUGAUCUCCACGUGUCCCGCGUGCAAGAAGAACUUCUACGAUUUGUUCUGCACGUUUACGUGUUCGCCGGAUCAAUCACUCUUCGUCAACGUCACGGAUACGGCGCCCAAGGGCGACAAGUUCCUGGUGACGGAGCUGGACCAGCUGAUCAGCGAUGAGUUUGGAGGCGGGUUCUACAACAGCUGUAAAGAUGUGAAGCUGGGAGCGACGGGCGGCAAGGCGAUGGAUUUGCUGGGAGGUGGUGCGAAGAACUAUACGCGGUUUCUGAAGUUCUUGGGUGAUAAGAAGCCUUUUGGGAGUCCGUUCCAGAUCAACUUCCCUCGCCCGGAUAAGUCGUUUGAGGACAUGGAGACUAUUCUGGAUGAGGCCAUCUCUUGCAAUACCACCGACAAGGCAUACCGCUGUGCUUGUGUGGACUGCGAAGGCGCUUGUCCACAAUUGCCAGAGGUCACCGAGGCUGAAGAGUGUACUGUUGGACUGCUGCCAUGCCUGAGCUUUGCGGUCGUCAUUGUCUACUCAGUCUUCAUCGCACUCCUUGUCCUGGCAGUUUCUGGGCAUGUUGCUGCAGCAAAGCGGAGAAAGAGUAAGAAUGAACGCCUUCAGCUGCUACAAGACGCCUCCCCAAGCGAUGAUGAGGAUGAAGGGGACAUUGUUCACAACGCCGCAGUCAUGGACCGACCGACCAAGCCAUAUAUUGUCAACACCUACUGCGAUCGCAUCUUCAGCCACCUGGGGCGUAUCUGCUCCAAGUUCCCCGCCAUCACGAUCGUUACAUCCGUGGUGAUUGUCGGUCUCUUGAGUCUCGGCUGGUUGCGGUUCGCUGUUGAGACGGAUCCUGUGAAGCUCUGGGUUGCUCCUAACUCGGCAGCAGCGACGGAGAAGGAGUUUUUCGAUUCGAACUUUGGACCUUUCUUCCGCACCCAGCAGGCGUUCUUGGUCAAUGAUACUACAGACGCUGGUCCUGCGCCCGUGGUGGACUACAACAACCUUGCUUGGUGGUUUGAUGUCGAACGGAGAAUCCGCGUUCAGAAGAGUCUUGGCAAUGGCUACACGCUGAAGGAUGUCUGCUACAAUCCUACAGGGGAGGCUUGCGUUGUGCAGUCGGUAUCAGGCUACUUCACGUCUACUGGUGGAGAUCUCAGCGAUUGGGAAGAGCAGAUCAAUAAGUGCGCCAGCUCUCCGGGAGAUGUUGAGUGCUUGCCGGAGUUCCAACUUCCCCUUCCAGCCGAACGUCUGCUUGGUGGCUACAACCGAACUUCUCAGCCUGCUACCGACGCAACCGCACUUGUCACUACAUGGGUUGUGACAAACUUCAAUCCGGGCGACCCUGGUCUUGAGAAAGCAGAAGAAUGGGAAGAAAGUGCGAAGCGUCUGCUCAAAGAUAUCCAGGGCGAAGCCGCUGAGCGAGGCCUCAGACUGAGCUUCAGCACUGAGAUCAGUCUGGAAGAGGAGCUCAACAAGAACACGAAUACUGAUGCGAAGAUCGUUGUCAUCAGCUACGUCGUCAUGUUCAUCUACGCUUCUCUGGCGCUCGGCAGCACCACUGUCACUCUUGGCACGAUCUUGCGCAACCCCUUGGGAGCCCUCGUGCAGAGCAAGUUCAUGUUGGGCAUCGUCGGUAUCUUGAUCGUACUGAUGUCCGUCGCUGCGUCGGUUGGGCUUUUCGCAGCUGCUGGUGUCAAAGCAACGCUCAUCAUUGCUGAGGUGAUUCCAUUCUUGGUCCUAGCUGUGGGAGUCGACAACAUCUUCCUGAUCGUCCACGAAUUCGAGCGUGUCAAUAUCAGCCAUGCAGAUGAAUCAGUCCCAGACCGCGUUGCACGGGCACUCGGUCGCAUGGGUCCUUCAAUCCUGCUUUCUGCAACGACAGAGACUGUUGCUUUUGCCCUGGGAGCAGCAGUGGGCAUGCCCGCUGUGCGCAACUUUGCAGCUUACGCUGCUGGAGCGGUGUUCAUCAACGCCUUGCUGCAAGUCACCAUGUUCAUUUCCGUGCUGGCUCUCAAUCAGCAACGUGUCGAAGAUGGUCGCCUGGACUGCGUUCCUUGCGUCAAACUCAGCCGCUCCCACUCUGUCCACCACAUGCCAAACGGCUAUGGCGGAGCACCUUUCAGUGGUGUAGACGAGGAGGGCUGGCUUUCGAGAUUCAUCCGCAAGUACUACGCACCUGCAAUUCUAGGCAACAAGACCCGCGUGGCCAUCAUCACCAUCUUUCUUGGCUUCUUUGCGGCAGGCAUUGGCCUCUUGCCUGCGGUUGAGCUUGGACUGGACCAGCGCAUCGCGUUGCCUUCGGACAGCUACCUCAUCAACUACUUCAACGACCUGGAUGCAUACUUUGACCAAGGGGCUCCGGUAUACUUUGUCACGAAGGACUUGAAUGUGACGGAGCGAGACCAUCAGCAGGACCUUUGCGCUCGCUUCACCACUUGCAAGGAGUACUCUCUCGCCAACAUCCUUGAGCAGGAACGCAAGAGGCCAGAAGUCAGCUACAUCUCUGAUGCGACGGCCAGCUGGAUCGAUGACUUCUUCCAGUGGCUGAACCCGGAGCUUGACCAAUGCUGCGUGGAUGGAUCCAAGACCUGCUUCGAGAACCGCAACCCACCCUGGAAUAGCACUCUCUUCGGCAUGCCAGAGGGCGAGGAGUUCGCGGUCUAUGCCAAGCGGUGGUUGAAAGCCCCAACUGGAGAGGACUGCCCCUACGGCGGCGCGGCAGCAUACGGCGACGCCGUCGUCGUUGACUCAGGCCGCCUAACAAUCCCAGCCAGCCACUUCAGAACCACCCACACCCCCCUCAAAACCCAAGCCGACUUCAUCAACGCCUACGCCUCCGCCCGGCGCAUCGCCGCCGACAUCAGCUCGCGCCACGACAUCGAGGUCUUCCCCUACUCCAAAUUCUACAUCUUCUUCGACCAAUACAGCACCAUCGUGCAACUCUCCACCGCCCUCGUCGGCGCCGCCUUAGCCUUCAUCCUCGCCAUCUCCUCCCUCCUCCUCGGCUCCCUCCUCACCGGCCUCGUCGUCACAAUCACAGUCAUCAUGACCGUCAUCGACAUCCUCGGCACCAUGGCCCUCGCCGGCGUCUCCCUCAACGCCGUCUCCCUCGUCAACAUCAUCAUCUGCGUCGGCAUCGCCGUCGAAUUCUGCGCCCACAUCGCCCGCGCCUUCACCAUCCCCUCCGCCUCCAUCCUCGAGCGCGCUCAGUCCAAGUUCCGCGGCAAGGAGGCCCGCGCGUGGGCCGCCCUCGUCAACGUCGGCGGGAGCGUCUUCAGCGGCAUCACCGUCACCAAACUCCUCGGCGUCAUCGUCCUGGCCUUCACCCGCAGCAAGAUUUUCGAAAUCUACUAUUUCCGCGUUUGGCUCGCUUUGGUGCUCUGGGCCGCGCUGCAUGCGUUGGUGUUCUUGCCCGUGGCGUUGAGUUUGUUUGGUGGGAGAGGUUACGUUGAUCCUGAGUCUGACGGUGGGCUGGAGCAGGACCUGGCUAGUCGAAGGUACAGGGCCUUGUUGCCGGAUGAUGAGUAUGAUAGUGAUGACUAUUGA